AUCAAUUAAUUUCAAAGACCAACACCGAUUCAAGUUCAUCUUUCUCAAAAAUAUCGUCUGUCAAGCGUUCACGGACCCGAGAGAUCAGAGCAAUGGAAGAUUCAUCGGAGCCUUCUGACUCCACUCUCAGCAUCGCCUUCCAUCAAUCAGAGCCACUUCACGAUGCUCUCUUCUUCGUCCUCCCUUACCUUCCUCUCUACGAGCUCCUCGCCAUGUCUCUCAUCUGCAGAGCGCUAAACGACGCAGUGAACGACGACGUAUUGCCGUGGCUGAACCUCGUUGUUGAAGGGCCUCUCAGCUCCAAGCUCACUGAUCAGAUUCUCAUCAGAAUCACUGCUAAGGCCAACGGUAGGCUCACCAGUCUAGCACUCAUGAACUGCAAGAACAUCACUGACAUUGGCCUUCUGAAGGUCGUUGAAGAAAAUCCUUUUAUAAACAAGCUCUAUAUUCCAUCAUGCACCGGCAUAACCCCAGAUGGAGUACUAUCAGCUGUGAAAAUCCUGUGCCAGGGAAGCCACAAGCUAAGCAUUCUGAGGAUAAAUGGCAUUUACAACUUAAAGAAGCAGCACAUCGACACACUUGCUUCUUACCUUGCAAAAGAUCAGAAUCAGUCAUUAAAGGAGCUUCAAAAACAGCACCCUUUCUACUACCACGAGAGGUUCAAUUUUUCUGCCUUCAAGCCCAAAGAAAGCCAUCAGAUUAUUGACUUGCAAACAUGUCCUAUGUGCUUUGAGGUCAGAAUGGUAUAUGACUGCCCAAUAGGGAAAUGCAAGAGGAAGGAAUGCAGGGCAUGCACUUUUUGCAUACCACGGUGUGAGAACUGUGGUGGAUGCAUUAUAUCACUAGUGGCAGCAGGAGGGGCCGAUUUCUUGUGUUCAGAGUGUUGGCUACAGUUUCCCAAGUGUAGUGUCUGCGAGAAGCCAUACUGCAAGCAACAUAAUAACUGGUGGUGCAAUGAUACAACCCCUGGAUUCCUCUUGCGGCUUUAUGAUGAAAAUUUUGUUGAUUAUUAUCUGUACAGUGAUAUUGUGUUUUAAGAGUUUAAAUACACUUUCAGUCCCUCUGAUGUCAUCAUAACUGGUGUAUCAAUUUGGGGAAAGUUCCUGACUUAUAUUCGUGUCUAAUUUGAUAGAUACAAUGGGUUUUAAUAGGA